UAGCGGAGAAAGGGAAAGGGAAAGGGGCAAGAAAGAGGGCCAGAGAAGGGGAAGGGACCGCAGUCCGGGUACGCUUUGGGGAGCCUGGACCCUAAGUAAGAGGACCUGGCAUUGGUGGAGAGAAAGUCUAGACUGGCAGGCGCUGCCGAUCGCUCAGGGAGCGCAUUCUUUAUCUGGGAAGAGAGCAGAGAGAGGAGAGGGAGAAGGCAGAGUUCACGCCGAAGUGGAUGGAAGGGGAUCUGGGUUUCCGCGGCACAGAGAGUCGCGAGCCGGGACUAUGGCACUGAGACCGGCGCGGAGCAGCUGCGCGCCCGAGGACGCGUCUCCUCGCGGGGGACCAGCGGGCGUCGGGAAAGGCUGCGCACAGAGGAACCAACUUGUGGCUCCAGACCAUCCCCAACGCAGCUGGAAAUGAGAUCAAAGCUGCAGUUUCAUUCCAGAAGGAUGAGAGGAGCCAGUGAUUAGGGAUUUUUUUUAACCCUCUUCGUUCCCGUUUCGCUGUUUUCUCCUCCCCCUCCUCUUUUUUUUUCUUUUAAGUAUAUGUAUUUUUUUAAUUUUUUUUUUCUUUCUUGAUUUAUCUAACACCACGUCAGUCCCGUCACAUUGCUUUCCCUGUUUGAAAUAAAAGCCCAGUCUGAACUUCCACCACCCCGGAGAUUCGAGAGCUACGGCCGGCUGAUGGAGAAGGGGACACCCGUGCUGGCAGGGGACGCUGGCAAGGGACCGCAUCACGAGUCUCUCUGGUGAUCCCUGCCCUGAUCGCCGAGUUCAGCGAUACCUGGAGGACCUGGACCCAGUGCUGUGGGUGGGGGAGGGGACCCAGCGAAAGCCACCCUGAGCCUUAAAAAAAAAAAAAAAAAAAGUAGCUGCUGACCGGGGGCGGAAAGGGGUUUGUUCUUGACAGCUGACGGAGCCUUGAAAUUUUCCUCCUCUACCUCCGCCCCCUCCCCCGCCCCCGCCCCCCCGCACUCCAUUUAACGUGAGAUUAUGAAAUCGCAGAGGCGGUGGAGGGAAGGCGACGGGAUCUAACAGGGAGUUUGGAGGGGCGAGGGGGAAGGUGGCUGGCUGGGUGGCUGAAAUCAAAAAUCCAAUUGCGCACUGGGUUGUGAUGAGAAAUCUAAUCAGAUCUUUGACGAAGGGGCCGGCCGGAAGGGUAGCCGGUGGGGGCAGCUGAUCCCCAAAUUCUCCGAAGGGGAAGCUGGGGAAGGGAAUCGAGGAUGUAAAGAAAAGACUUUCUUGUUCCUUUUUUCUUUCUUUUCUUUUUUCUUUUUCUUUUUUCUUUUUUUACUCCCCGGAGGAGGUGGCUGUUGGGUGCCUUGCUAAAAUGAAGGAUGCGGGACGCAGCUCUCUCUUGGAGCAGAAGGCAGAGGAUAAACUGAUUGUGCCAGAGAGAAGAAAGAAUGAAGCUUUUUCUUGUGAGACCUGGAUCGUAACAUAAAUGUGUAUAUGGCCACACGGGGAGCAUUGAGGGGAAAAAAAUGAAAUAAGCUGAUGUCAGACCUGCGGGGUUUGGUGUGUUCUGACAUAAAUAAAUAAUCAUAAAAUAGCUGUCCCCCUCCCCCAAGGAUGUUUGGAAAUGGAGAACUGGGGAUCCACAAAGAAAAAGUGUGUUCAUUUUUUUUUUCUUUAAAGGAGAAAGUACGCCAAGGAGAUAUUUUUGAAAUGAAAAGUUUGCGGCUUAUUUUAGGAAAGUAAAGACCUGAUAUAUAUAUAUUUUUUUCUGUUUGAAUUUCCCACAAGAGGAGAGGAAAUUAAUAAUACAUCUGCAAAGAAAUUUCACUGAAGAAAAGUUGACGUGGAGGAACGAAGCAUUGAUUGGGAAAGAAAUCAGCAGAGGACUCUUGGAUUGCUGCCCGUGUUGACUAAAAUUGAAGGAUAAUUGCAGUUGGAUUUUUUUUUUCUUCACCAACCUCCUUUUUGUUUUCUUUUUCUUUUCCUUUUUGAUGUCAAGACCAUGCAUUCUUUCUUGUUCUUAACCACCUGGAUUUUCCUCGGGAUGUAGCUGUGCUGAGUCUGAAAUACAGACCCGGCUAUUGGGAACAAGAAAAUGAGGAACAGGGUGGCCCACGCAGUUGUUCCCUCAAGCUGUGCUCACUGAUAAGCUGGACGGCUAUAAUGAUGCAGGUUGGCAAACACGUUGCCUAUUUUCUUCAUAGAGACCCCAAUGGAGAACAAGACUGUUUGAACUCCAGAAGGACCAACACCAGAUAAAUUAUGAAUGUUGAACAAGAUGACCUUACAUCCACAGCAGAUAAUGAUAGGUCCUAGGUUUAACAGGGCCCUAUUUGACCCCCUGCUUGUGGUGCUGUUGGCUCUUCAACUUCUUGUUGUGGCUGGUCUGGUUCGAGCUCAAACCUGCCCUUCGGUGUGCUCCUGCAGCAACCAGUUCAGCAAGGUGAUUUGUGUUCGAAAAAACCUUCGUGAGGUUCCUGAUGGCAUCUCCACCAACACAAGGCUUCUGAACCUCCAUGAGAACCAAAUCCAGAUCAUCAAAGUGAACAGCUUCAAGCACUUAAGGCACUUGGAAAUCCUCCAGUUGAGCAGGAAUCAUAUUCGAACCAUUGAAAUUGGGGCCUUCAAUGGUCUGGCGAACCUCAACACUCUGGAACUCUUUGACAAUCGUCUUACUACCAUCCCGAAUGGAGCUUUUGUGUAUUUGUCUAAACUGAAGGAGCUCUGGUUGCGCAACAACCCCAUUGAAAGCAUCCCUUCCUAUGCUUUUAACAGAAUCCCUUCUUUGCGCCGCCUAGACUUAGGGGAAUUGAAAAGGCUUUCAUACAUCUCAGAAGGUGCCUUUGAAGGUCUGUCCAACUUGAGGUAUUUGAACCUUGCCAUGUGCAACCUCCGCGAAAUCCCUAACCUCACGCCGCUCAUCAAACUGGACGAGCUAGAUCUUUCUGGGAACCAUUUGUCUGCAAUCAGGCCUGGCUCUUUUCAGGGGUUGAUGCACCUUCAAAAACUGUGGAUGAUACAGUCUCAGAUUCAAGUGAUUGAACGCAAUGCCUUUGAUAACCUCCAGUCACUAGUGGAGAUCAACCUGGCACACAACAAUCUAACAUUACUGCCUCAUGACCUUUUCACGCCCUUGCAUCAUCUAGAGAGGAUACACCUUCAUCACAACCCAUGGAACUGUAACUGUGAUAUCCUGUGGCUCAGCUGGUGGAUAAGAGACAUGGCCCCCUCGAACACAGCUUGUUGUGCCAGGUGUAACACUCCCCCCAAUCUGAAAGGGAGGUAUAUCGGAGAGCUGGACCAGAAUUACUUCACAUGCUAUGCUCCGGUGAUUGUGGAGCCCCCUGCAGACCUCAAUGUCACUGAAGGCAUGGCUGCUGAGCUGAAAUGUCGGGCAUCUACAUCCCUGACUUCUGUGUCUUGGAUUACUCCAAAUGGAACAGUCAUGACCCAUGGGGCAUACAAAGUGCGGAUAGCUGUGCUCAGCGAUGGCACAUUAAAUUUCACAAACGUAACUGUGCAAGACACAGGCAUGUACACAUGUAUGGUGAGUAAUUCUGUUGGCAACACUACUGCUUCUGCCACCCUGAAUGUUACUGCGGCAACCACUACUCCUUUCUCCUACUUCUCGACUGUAACAGUAGAGACUAUGGAACCUUCUCAGGAUGAGGCACGAACCACAGAUAACAAUGUGGGCCCCACUCCAGUGAUCGAUUGGGAGACCACCAAUGUAACUACAUCUCUUACGCCACAGAGCACAAGGUCGACGGAGAAAACAUUCACCAUCCCAGUAACUGACAUCAACAGUGGAAUCCCAGGAAUUGAUGAGGUCAUGAAGACAACCAAAAUCAUUAUUGGGUGUUUUGUGGCCAUCACGCUCAUGGCUGCUGUGAUGCUGGUCAUUUUCUACAAGAUGAGGAAACAGCACCAUCGGCAAAAUCACCAUGCUCCAACAAGGACUGUUGAAAUCAUUAACGUGGAUGAUGAGCUCACUGGGGACACACCCAUGGAAAGCCACCUGCCCAUGCCUGCCAUUGAGCAUGAGCACCUAAACCACUAUAACUCUUACAAAUCUCCCUUCAACCACACGACAACAGUAAACACAAUAAAUUCAAUACACAGUUCAGUGCAUGAACCGUUAUUGAUCCGAAUGAACUCUAAAGACAAUGUACAAGAGACUCAAAUAUAAAACAUUUACAGUUACAGAAAACAAACAAUCAAAAAGACAGUUUAUUAAAAAAUGACACAAAUGACUGGGCUAAAUCUACUGUUUCAAAAAAGUGUCUUUACAAAAAAAAACAAAAAAGAAAAGAAAUUUAUUUAUUAAAAAUUCUAUUGUGAUCUAAAGCAGACAAAAUUAUGUGUAUUCCUCAGAACCUGUUUUUGCUGCACUUACUACUUUCCCACACCUCCUCCCUCCCUUCCCCGAUUGCCAUAUUUUUCAUAGAUCUCAAUUCCCUAAAGAACUGGUCUAGGAAAUUUUGUAAGAAUUCUGUUACACUUUGAAAUUUUUAUGGUGAAUUCUAGUGGUGAGAUCCAGUCUAUUUUGUCUCUUUCUCUCUCUAAUUUUUUUUCUUUUUUUUCUUUUUCCUUCAUGCCCUUCUGAAGUAGUCCAAUGGGGAAUGCAAUAUUAGAAAUAGAUUUUUAAGAAAGAAUGAGGAAAAAUGCAAGAUCUUAUAUUUUUCAUGUAAUGACCUGUUCUGUAUUUAUGAGGAGGACAUUCUGUGGAGAAAGAAAAAAAAAAGUAAGCAAACAACAGAUUAAUUUACAUAUAAGCAUCUAUAAAACCCAUGACUUUAAAAAAAAAAAAAAAACCUCUAGAACCAGAAUUUGUAGUUCAAAAAGCUUAAAAUAAGAUUAUAAAUAAAAUAUUGUUGGUUUUUCUGUA